AUGGCUUCGCGAUUCAUGCCCUCGCGCCGUACGGGCUUUGCACUCGUUGCUGGAUGUCUUUUGUUCUCCGCGUUGGCGGCUGCUACAGCUCGUCCGGGUGACUUGUCUGUUGGUGAGAUUGAGGAGCAAUUGCAGAAUUGUCCUUUGGUCGAAGCUCUCAAUGAGCAAAAGAGAGCUUCUGCGCCGGAGACUGCGAGUCUUACCUCGCAGAUCUUCGCUGUGUUGUUCCCUGGAAGUCCGGCUGUGAACUCCCUCCUGGCUACGCUGUAUAUUUCCGGUCCUCCUAAUUUCCUCCUGGCACUAUGCCCCCCUAACAUUGACCCCGCCUCGCUGUCCGUCAUGGUCGCCUUUGCCGUUGGAGGUUUACUCGGUGACACCCUCUUCCACCUGCUGCCAGAGAUCUUCCUUGGCGAAGACUCCCCCGACCACGUGAGCUUCGUCAUGGUCGAACCAAACAAGAACCUCCUGCUUGGCCUGGGUAUCAUGGUUGGCUUCUUCACGUUCGUUGCAAUGGACAAGGCUCUGCGCAUCGCUACAGGCGGCGAGGGCGGCCACGAUCACUCCCACGGCCAUUCUCACACCGAAGUAGCAGCCGCAAGCACCACAAGCUCCGAAGCCAACGACAAGACCAGUGGCGAGCUGAAGCAGCGCAAGUCCAAGUCCGCAAAGGAGGUCUCGGAGGACUCGACCCCAGAGAAGGAGAUCAACCCUAGCGUCAAGCUGGGCGGAUAUCUCAACCUCAUCGCAGACUUUACUCACAACAUCACCGACGGUCUCGCCCUGUCUUCAUCUUUCUAUGCAUCCCCCACCAUCGGCGCAACUACCACAGUCGCCGUAUUCUUCCAUGAAAUCCCCCACGAAGUCGGCGACUUUGCCCUCCUCAUCCAAUCCGGUUUCUCCAAGCGCAAGGCUAUGGGCGCACAAUUCGUCACGGCCGUUGGUGCUUUCUUGGGAACAUUCAUUGGUAUCGCUGUCCAGGAGUUCGGGGGUAACAGUGCCGUUUCCGAGGCCGGUCCCGGUGCUGGACUUUGGGGCACUAGCCUCCAGUGGGGGGAUAUGUUACUUCCUUUCACUGCGGGAACCUUCUUGUAUGUUGGUACUGUGGCUGUUAUCCCUGAGUUGUUGGAGACUGGUAAGGAUAAGGGUGCCGAGGUGCGGAAGACUAUUACGCAGUUCUUGGCUGUUGCCGUUGGCGCCGGUAUCAUGCUUGCAAUCUCUUGGGACUAA